CGAAACGACUCGUCUUUUUGAAAAACGUUUCCAAAAACAUGUCUUCGGUUUUGAAACUCUCUUCGCUGUUGAGGUUUACGUCAAUUAAUGGUAACUAUUGUCGACAUUUGGCGACCGCCACCGGCCAUUGGGCGAAGACGCGGCGAACCCUUUGGCCGAAAGACAACGCUUUACAGCAUUUCGACAACUUUUACGCCAAAGUUUACGGCACUUCUUGGAAGUCCAUCCGUUUGGGUCUCCUGUCAACCAAUAAAUACUGCGCUGUCGUCAACGUAUUCGCCGACUACGAGGACAUCGAGAUCCAGAUGAGACAAUUGGGUGCCAUAGACCUCAGGCAGUACUACGAGAGGCACCACAAGAGAUAUCAACGACUGAAGCGACGAAUGGAUAUAUUGGCCGAAAAGAAGGCCAAACGUAUCGCACAGAUAGCCCACGAGACUGGAGUGGAUGUCUCACAGAUUGAUCCAAACAGUGUCGAAGUGAGUGAUGUCAGCGACAGAGACCUCGGCAGCGGCUUCUCGUCGAUGACCGAAGCGGAGGACGUUCUGGAGAUGUUGUCGCAGAAGGAGGACACGGAUGACCGGUUCAUAAACGCAGCCAAAGUGGACGUGGAUUUGAAUGACUUCGUGCCCAUCGAUGAACUCAAAUACAAGGAGGAGAUUAUCAACGAAACGCCGUAUUAUGAGUUCUACCAGAAAGAAGUGGACAUUCCUGUGGAACACGUCGAAGAACCCAAACUGAAUAUACCGGAGAUCCUCAAGAUAUACACCUAUCCGCGCGGAGAUAUGUCUAACUUCCCGGCGCCUAAACGUCAGACAAAGCUCGGAGUGUUUGACUACUAUCUGAUGGACGGCGCGUCCGUUUUGCCGGUCCUGGCGCUCGACAUACAGGCCAACGAUAAAGUGGCCGAUUAUUGCGCGGCGCCGGGCGGUAAGGCUCUGCUCAUGGCGUUGACAUUACGGCCGUCGCAACUCGUGUGCAACGAUAAGUCGCUGUCGAGGAAUUCGCGGCUGAAGAACGUGUUCAGCGCUUACAUCCCAGACGUGGAUAGCGUUCAGAAAACUCUUGACUUCACUGUUGAAGACGCGAAGACAAUGAUUAGACCCGACGCUUACGACAAGAUCCUAAUCGACGCCAUCUGUACCAACGAUAGGCUAUCUGUCAUCGAGAACGACAACAAUUGGUUCAAACCGUCGAGACUUUCCGAAAGAGUACGACUGCCCGAAGAACAGCUCCAACUGCUGUACGCCGGCCUCAUGUCUGUGCGGAAGGGCGGGGCUGUCGUGUACUCUACUUGUAGUCUAUCUCCCAUUCAAAACGAUGGUGUCGUUCAUAUGGCACUCAAACGCAUUUGGGAGGAAACCAAUCACGUGUUUGUCGUGUCCGACCUCAAGGAGGCGUUCAGGCCGUUGAGAGGUCUCUACAAAAUGUACAAUCAUUUCAAUUACGGCAUACAAGUGCUGCCAUACAUGCCGUCCAACUGCGGACCUCUCUAUGUCUCCAAAUUAAAACGGAUUCAAUGAGUGACCGGUGAAGUCGUGAACAGAAAUACUUG